AUGGCUAGUAAACAGAAAGAAUAUGAUCUGCGACGACUUUCCCCACAACUACAACCGUUGGCGUUCUUGGUCGGAAAAUGGCGGUCAGAGCACGGUGGAAAGGCGAUUUUCCCUACGAUACCCAAAUUCACGUAUGGCGAAGAAGUUGACAUCAGCAUCCCUGAUGACGCACUCCAAGCUGCAAAAGCUCUCAAUUACACUAUGACUAUUGUGCGAGCUCCAACUCGAUGCAACUAUCCUGUCCUAUCGAAGUUGCAUCUUUGCCAUGCAGCUAACAAUCAUUACUAUCAAAGAAAACAUUGA